AUGAAUCAAAUGCAGGGCAACAAGGAUGAACAGAGGAAGAAGGAAGGCCCGAAGAAGAAGAGCCCGGAGAAGAAUAUGUCGGAAAUCGACGAGCACAUCCUCAAAAGGUUCGAGAUCAAAAAAAGGCUUGGGAAAGGGGCCUAUGGUAUUGUGUGGAAAGCAAUAGACAAGAAGACUAAAGACGUCGUGGCCAUUAAGAAGAUAUUCGACGCUUUCCGAAACCAGACAGACGCUCAGAGGACGUUCAGAGAAAUAAUAUUCCUGCAGUCCUUCCGUAACCACCCCAACAUUGUUAAGUUACACAGUAUUCAUAAGGCCCUCAACAACCGCGACAUCUACCUCGGCUUCGAAUACAUGGAGACGGACCUGCACAAUGUGAUCAAGCGUGGCAACAUCCUGAAGGACAUCCACAAGCGCUACAUCAUGUAUCAGAUGCUGAAGGCCACGAAGUACAUACACUCGGGCAACGUGAUCCACAGGGACCAAAAGCCGAGCAACGUCCUCAUUGACAGCGCUUGCAGGGUGAAGCUGGCGGACUUUGGUCUUGCGCGCUCGGUGUCCAGCGUGUAUUCAGGCGGGGAGGAGGGGGCGGACCCCUGUCUCACGGACUACGUCGCGACGCGCUGGUACCGGGCGCCAGAGAUUUUGAUUGCCAGUAAGAACUACACGAAAGGCAUCGACAUGUGGUCGCUGGGCUGUAUCCUGGGCGAGAUGCUGACGGGCAGCCCGCUGUUCCCUGGCACCUCCACCGUCAACCAGAUCGAGAGGAUCAUGGCCGCCUUGCCCAGGCCGUCUUCAGAAGACAUCACGGCGGUGUGCAGUGGAUACGGUUCCUCGCUGAUCAGGGAGCAAGCCGCUUCGAACUCCGGCGGGGCGUCGCUGGUCUCGAUGAUGUCCUGUGCGCCCCGCGACGCCGCCGACUUGGUGCACCGGCUCCUAGUCUUCAAUCCAGCGAAGAGGCUCAGCGCCCAGCUGGCCCUGGAGCACGAAUACGUCGCCAAGUUUCACCGCGGCCGUGAUGAGCCAACGCUCCCGUCAGACGUGCUCCUCCCGCUGAGGGACGACAAGCAGAUGUCCGUGGACGACUACAGGAACAAACUGUACAGCAUCAUGGCUAAGGGCAACCACUCAUCCAGUGGGCAAAUCCGAAAGACGCAGUCGAGCAAGACGCAGUCGCUACAGCCGAGCCACGGCAAGACGGGCCAGGUUUACCACGAGAGGGACGCAAACGCAUACAGGGGGAAGCAGCUGAGCGCCUCCGCGGAUCAGAAGACGCGACCGAUCAAGGCGCCCGAGAGGCCGGUGAAGGAGCACCGCUCCGAGCAGGCGAUCCAGAAACCGCUUCGCCCCACUAGGCUGCUAGAAUGCCGCAGCCAGGACUGGGAAUGCCGCGGGGACUACGUAACCAGGCAGAGCCCGGACCCGUUAGCGGGGAAGAGGGCGCUGCAGAGCAGACGGAACUCCACCUCCUUCUCGACGGUCAGCAUCGGGGGGGACGCGGACUACCCAGCGGGCGGGCUGAACAGGAGGCACGGAGUUAUCACCGCCAGCGCCCUCAUGGACCUGCGCACCAGUAUACGG